ACAGGAAAGGGGAAAAAAUGGGCGAGACUAGGCGAAUUGACCGGGUCGAGUGAGGUCCGAGAAUAGUGAUGGAUGAGUGAGUGAGUAUAAAAGGCGAAGGUUGUAGAAUGUAGAUCCUUUGACUCACUCUCUCGCCCUAAUCAUCAAAUCAGUAGUAAUCAGCAGUAAUCGUCAUAACAAGGAAGGCACCGCCUCUUGCGUGUGUUGUAUAAUAAUAUUGGCAAUGUCAAUGAACAUGAGAUCGGUGCUUCUGACUCGGGGAUUCGUGACUCGCUUCAUGGACUCAACAUCUCGCGGUGCUUUCUCUCGUUUCUACAGCGACAAAGGUAGGGUUCUCAGCGAAGAGGAGCAGGCCAAAGAGAACGUCUACAUCCAGAAAUGGGAGAGAGAGAGGUUGGAGAAACAGAAGCAGCAAGCUGAGAAGGAAAAGGCUGAGAAGGACAAAAACGCUUCUGACAAGAAACCUGAAGGAUCUCACAAGGGAUGAGUUUGUCUGUCAUGCUUGCUAUCAAGGUCACUAGUAGUGGAAAAUAAUCAAUGGAAAAUAAAAACAUUGACUCUAAGUGGACUUUGGUCUUUGUAUAGAUUGUGUUUCGUCUUUGUUUGUAUGUUGAAAAAUGUAACCAUGCUGUCUCGUCCAUCAAGCUUCACGAAGUUCGUUAUGAUAUGAUCCUCCUCUUAUUUGCUACGCGUUUGUUGGAUGUGAAUGCCAUUCUAAAUUUCUGAUCAGUAUGUGGAAAUUGU